AAAAAACUUAUUUUUAGAGAGUUAAUAAUCGCUAUUUCUCAAGUUACGAAAAAAACUUGACGCAUCACUAUUUUUACGACCUUCAGCGUUUCUCAAAACAAAGAAAUAUAUUAUUAAUCUGUAAGGUAUUACUAUACAAUGAUCCAUGAUUGUUAAAAAAAAAAAAUUAAUUAACUAAAUGACAGACUUUGAAAAGAAAUGUCGAAUUUCGCUUGGGGUGGUUGUUGACCCACCAAAAUUACAUUUUUCCUACAAUCGAAAAACUGUAAGGUAAUUGUAUAGAGAAACAUAUGUACCAACAAGAAAAGUAAAACAAAGUCUUUCAGUUAUAACUGCAGUCAAUUUGAAAAUUUUCUUUUCUUUUUACGAGAUUUCCCACUAGUUGUGCCUCUUAAGCCGGCAAUAAUACGGUGAAUAUUGUCUUCCCACAAGGUUGAUUUAUUCAUCCAAAGUGAUUUACGCUUAUGGACUAUUGACUUGAGGUUUUGAUUUGAUUUUAUUACCAAAACUACCAACUUCUUGUGGAUACAAGGUAGAAAAUAGAGUCUGUUUGUUGCGCACCAAAUUAAACAAUUAUACUUAUCUAUGGUAAGUAUUGAUUAAGCCACUACUGUUCCUCAAAACUGAUGUGUGUGAAGUUUGUCACUGACAUCGAGGUUUGGAAAUAAAUUUUACCGCACAUAAAUAUCAAAUAUAAGGAGGAUAGGAUAGAAUAGGAUUGUGAGAGAUAUGAGACCUGCUGUACCUUUAAAUAAUCACCCUAUUUUAUAGUAAGUCGUUUUAAUUAUGUUAAAAUAGAUCUUUAGAUACCGUAAACACACCUACAGAUGAAUAAAUACUAAAGUUUAUUAAAAAAUCAUAGUUUGUUUUAUAAAACCACACUAAAACUUAUGCUACUUGUAUUUUAUAUGAAAAUCAUAUAUCGAAAAUUCGCUGCUCAAAUGCAUGGAAAAACUAGUAUACAUACAUAGAUAGUUAAACAAAUAAGCACAACCUAUGCACGUACAUGUAUAGUAAAGGAAAUCAUCCCACAAAUGGGAAACAGACAUAACAAUCAACACUCAUAAAUUGCGAAAAAAUGUGUACGAAAUAUGCACACACUUUACACAACUGCGCGCAGACGAAAUUGAAAUACUCGUAUAUGAAAUUUUCUCGGCAGCACUUGUUCAUAUACAUACUUAGAUGCAUAUAUUUCUACAUACAAAAAUUAAUAUGUGAUGUUAAUAAAUAUCUGUCGAUGAUUGACAUUUGAAAUUUCAUAAAUCAUGCAUUAACAAAGUGUUUUCCAAAGGCCAAACAUUUGCAAGCACCGGCACUACACAGCUAUUCAAACUAUUAGCACGAGCAUUGUUUAUUUACAAAUGUCGCAGUCGGACUGCAACAGCGACCUUAGCAUGUGUCGUAGAUAAACAAGGUAAAAAAUAACGUAAAAUAAAAAUAACAAAAACAAGUUAGACGUAUGAAUCAUGUGAAAGCGUUCGAUCAAUAAAUUCAUGGAACUAAUUUAAUAUGUGUGUUAUGUGCAAAAUGAAUAUAUUCGCGCAGCUGACCUGCUUAUUUGACAAGAUAUUAUUAUGCAAACAAAGCUAAUGCCACCUUCCUAAAUUGGCAAAAAGGACUUUCGCGGAAUAUAGGAUAUUCUAUAUGGUAUGUAAUAUAUACAUACUCACAUACCAUAUAACAAAUUUCCUUUCAUUGCUUAUUCGCUUGCAAAUAUUUGUGUCCUACCCCAAUUUGCCGGCGUUGUAGGCUAGCCGGCAUAUAUACGCUCUAAGUGGCGUCUCUGAGGAGCAGCAACUAGGCUUUGCUGAAACACAAUUUAAAUGGCUUUUUUGCACACAAUUUUCGCAUUAAAUGUGGAUUCGUGCAAGUGCUUUUUUAACCACAUAUAACCUACACUUUAAAUGAAAUGCAAAUUGUUUGCAUACUAUGGUCCUUACCACUAACCUCUCUCUAAUACUACUCAGAUAUCUCCCUCUGACUUCAUUCCAGUGUGGCGGCUAGUUGCUGACGUGCUUUAAGGAUAACCACAUUGCCCUAGUAAGGUUCGGCUUGGUAUUUUAAUGUCUUCACUUGUACUUUUUGUAAGCACUUGCACAGUAUGACAUGCGAGUAAUUGUUUGGCGCAUGAUGUCAUCUUAAAUUACAUAGCUUUCACUUCGUGCUCUACAACCAUUGAUUCCUUUAAGGGUAAUAGGAGUUUAUAGCAUAUAAUCUUUGAUGUGCUUGCUUGUGGUUUAAUAGGAAAUUGGCACAUUAACAUACGUACAUACUAUGAGUGGGUAUGAAAAGGAAUUUUAUAAUGAUUGAGUACUGUGCUAAAAUUUUAGAGUAAUUUCAACAAAUGAACAAGUAUACCCUCACCAAGAGAUGAGUAAACUUUGCUGAAUCGAAUAAGCAACUGAAAUAUGUGAAAUAAACUGCCACAAUUUAAUAGAAGCUGUCUUCGAUUUGCCAUAUUUCUGUUCACUAACUUUACGUGUAAAAGUAACAACAGAGUUGGCGAUUGUUGAGUUCAAUACAAGAACUUGAAUGGGAAGGGGGUGGCAUUAUCGCUUGCUAUUCUUUUUGAGCUUUUAGAGUUAUUUUAACGUUUUUAAAAUAAUAAUCUGACAAAUUACUAUUAGAAAUCUAAAUAUAUUUUUAUUGAUUUUUAAAACUUAUAAUUUGAAUUGAAAUAUAAUUUAUUCAUAGAAAAUAAAAGGCAUGGACUUUGCUAAAAUUUUAUAUAGCGAUCUCGCCAAUCGUUAGCCAAUCGAAACAAAUAGAUAUAGUUUAGAAAUAGUAUGUUUGUUUGCCGAUUUUGUUUUUGUUAUUGAAAUCAGUUUCAAUACCUUUUUCACGCAUUCAUUUAUUCUUUUUGGCUGUUUCAUUUUGUUAAAAAAAAAACCGGCCCAAACAGUCUGUUUUGGUCAAGUAAUGUGUUUCAAAGUUAUUCAAUGUUUGCAUACCGAUAAAAGUUAUUGAUUAUUGUCGACUUGAUGAGCCCAGUUGAAGUCUGCUUCUCGUUUUUUGUUUUCUUAAGCUAUGUAGAUAUAUAGUAGAAACGAUGAUAUUGGUUCUCAAGGUUCUCUUAAAUAAAAAAAAAAGAUAAGUAAGUAGACUGUUUGUUUUUUAAAGAUACUUAUGGCACUUCUCGAACUCCAUAUCAUUUCAUAAUUAAAUUUUCUUAUGUAGGUAUAAUUUGUAUGCUACUAUAAAUUCUACAAAUAUUUUUAUGUGGGAACAAAAACGAUAAAUUUUAACUCAAAUGCCGCGAAUUUUAGUAGGUUUCGAUGAAGGGAAAAUAAAGUAAUGAUAUAAAUAUUCAUUAUAUAUUUAGUACAAUCCUCGUAGGAAAUCAAAUGACCAUAUGUGAUCUAACGCUGAGUUCAUUUAUCCAUAUCCGUUUGUCUGUCCGUCUGUAUAUAUACGAAUUAGUCACUUAGUUUUUGAGAUUUCGAUCUGAAAUUCAUUCAUUUCAAGUUCUUGUAUAGAUAACUAUAUAGGUUUGACAAUAUAUUUUCACGAAAUUUCACAUAAAUUAUUGUCUAAAUCAAAGCCUUCUCUUUCUCAAACUGACCGAUCAAAAUCAAGACAAAGAUCUCUUUAACCCUUUUAUUCUAUUAUAUGGUUAAUACACCUGCCAAUAGUAUUAUAGCUUCGGUGUAACCGAAGUUAACGUUCUGUGAUCAGAAAAAUAAGACUGUUUCUAUAAAUAUAUUUCUGCCUACUUCAAAUUUAUUUUCCUACAGGUAUAUGUACCCUCACACACUCUACAGCAUAGUAUAUUAAAUGUUGCAACAACAACCUGUGUAUUUCUAAGAGAAAUAAACUUACAAACAAUAAUGUAUACAAGUGUAAGAAUCCCUCUUUAAUAGAUGACGUUGGGCGCGCAGCAUAUGUUGAUUCCUUUCGAGUUGCCUAUAAAUAGGCGACCUAAAGAAUUCACUUUAUGAGCUGCUGCAUGCUAUUAUUAACUAGGGAGUAUGAAGCCCCAAAGUAUCACUGCAUAUGUUCCUAAAUCUGUAUGUAUGUAUGUUUCUAAGCAGUGUGCUUAACAUUAAUAUAAAUUAUAAACAAAUGAGAAAGUAGGCAUGCCACAAACACACAUGUACUUAUGUAUAUGUAUAUAGAAACCCAUAUAUUUAUCGCAAGAAAGUCAUAAAGGGUGGUGAGGUAGGCACCAAAGAAAGUGUGUCAGAAAUGUAUGCUAGGAAUGAGGAAUAUGAAUGUCGGCGUAUACUAGGACUGUCAAUUAACAAAUGAACGGACGAUUAGUAUGGCUGGAUGAAUAUUUAAAUACCUAGAUGAUUGGUGUAUUUAAUCAACACACAGUGUGUGGCACGCGAUAUUCCAUUGUGUGGUGGCUGGUGUAAUAAAGUGGCAACAAAUUAGAGAAAUAUAUAUAUAGAGAUAUACAUAUGUACAUACUAUGUGAAUAACAAAUGCAAAGGAAUAAAACCACUUGUAGGGAGCGGCAGAUUUUUGAAAAUAAUAAACUUCUCCAGCUUUUCAGGUAAACGCAUAAUUGUCAAGUCCUAUAGCAAAUUGGCGCACAAUUGGUAACGUUUUUUUUAUCUCACAGUUGUCUCUCUAUAUAUUGAUCAUACCCCUGUGUUAAAUAACUAUACUUAUAUAUAAAGUAUAUGGUAGUUCAAAUUCGCAUCGACUUUUCUAUUUUUUAAUCGAAUAACCGACAACUUACGAAUAUCCGGAUAGUGCAAACCAAAUAUUAUUAUUCGAAUAAUGCCCUAUCCGGUUAGUCGAUUAAUCGAAUACCAAAAGCUCUAGUGUGUACAUAUGUACAUACCUUUACAGGACAACCAAAUGUAUACAUUUAUGUGUUUAUAUUGACAAUAAGAUAAGAUAAAUUUAAAAAAAAAUUAAUGUGCGAAUUAAUCUCACUUCUGAAUUUUUAAAUAUUUAUUUACAUAAAUAUAUGGACAUUUGGGAUACUUCAACUAUAGCAUUCAUAUUUACCGAAUACUCACAGUAAAACCAUAAAUCGUCACGUUUUAUAAAUGAAGUAUUGAAGUAUUCAACUUGAGAAUGGUUACAUAACUGGGUUGCAACACCCCAUCACUGUUUACAAUGACUUCUUGAAUAUUCCACGAAUUGCAGAAUAAACAAACAAAUACAGAUUAUUGACAUAUGGACAUCGCUAUGUCAAACAAAAGUAUAAAAUAUUUGCUGAAGAAUCAUAUAAAGUUCGGCACGCCUUCUUUAAAGUAUUGACAAUGUCAUAAAUGUGGUUUCCGGGAAAUAUUGGGAUAAAUAAUCAAUCACCGACAAAGUGUGGGUACCCAGCAAGACAACUGUCGGUUAAAUCGUACUUUAUUUAACAGAGAACUCUGUCAUAGAUUUCUUAAUUUAAGAGUCCGUAUCGCAGCAGUUGGGUCUAGUUAAUCGAACUGGGCUUGAAUUUUUAUCCGGCUUUGAAAUAUUGCCUUGGCAAACUUUCUCAGAAUUUCUUCUGCUCCAAUCACAACAUAACUAGAGAUUUUCUUAAGGCCGCGCCAAAAAAACCACCAGAAAGUUGUACAUGUAAUGUUUUAUAACUUCCAAAAUUCGAAAAAACUUUCAAAAUCGUAGAAAACUAACGGGGGAAAACCCGUAUUUUUUAACAAAUAUUACCCACAGCCCAACGAAGUACUCAAGUUGUAUUAUAUUUGUAAAAUUAGAUUUUACACAAACAGCCGUGAUCAAGUUCAAAAUACAAAUGACUCUCUAAAAUAUUCAAAAUACAAAUGACUCACACAACUUGGGUUAUGGCACAUGCUCUCCAAGGUCCUGUGUUGAAACAACGACUUGAUUAGUUCGAAACCAAAAUUUUCUGACUAAAAUUAAUUCAAUUUAUUAAUUCGGCUCAAAAAGAGAGCAUAUUUCAUCUGCAAGUCAAUAUUUUUCGAUAAAGACACGGAUAAUCUAAAUUGGACAAAGGUAUUCUAGUUUGAGAUAGUCUCGUUUUAUUCCGUAUGAGCACAGAGUCUACAUUCUAAUUUCAAAGAAAUCUCAAAAAAAUGGAAGAUCCUUCUAAUAGAAACGAGAAAAAUAGAAAGGCCUUUGUAGAUUUUCGUGAUUGAGUUUUUUCGAAAUUUAUUUUUGUACUACUAUAUGGUAUUAGGGAAGCUUUUAGGCGCAGAUACUUAUGUAUAGGACUCUGUGCUAGUUACACAUAUAUCAUGUAUGUACGUAUAUAUACCACGUGAUGAACCUUAAUAUUGUUUAUUUUAUUCUCACAAUAAAUAAGAUACCACUCGUAUCUUAGUUUUGUUUCCGUUCAAAAUUAGCCCUUUCUACUUGGAAUUUCUAUAUUUAUAUAUACUUAUACUUUUAUUGCAAAGAUACAAGCAAUACAUUUAUUCGCAAUAAGCCUAAAAGUCAGAGAUGCACUCUUAUCUAAAUUCAUACGCGCUUACUACGCAUUCGGUCCAUAGUUGCCAACUUGGUAAUUUAUGCUUUCUUUACGAUGUUUUUAAAAACAUAAACGUGUAGCGUCUGGUAACCUAUUUUGUGGCUUUUCGAGCUCAGUUUACAGGGUUUUUAAUAUAGUAUGUUCGUUUCAAAAUUGCUACAAAUAUUGUAUAAAAAGAAUGUUCCAAUAGUGGUCAUGUGACAACAGGCAGUAUUAAAUUACCGAUAGUAAUUAUAAUUUUUUAAUAAAAAAAGGCAUCAAUUUAAAUAAUAUAUUGUUUUAGAACUAGGUUAGACUGGCUUCAACUUCUCUAAGUUUUGGAGCUUUUUGUAAUUUAAAAUAUGGCAACACUACCUCCUGCUCUCUUUCAUAUUGCCUGAGUAGAAUGACGCACAGUGGUUCGGAGUGUAAUUCGUGUGAAAAUUGAACAAAAUACAAUUUACAAUACAAGUUAGAUUUUCAAUAAAACAUAUACAAAAUAUAUAAAUGUAAGGCAAAUAUAUAUUUUUAAAGAAAAAUUAUUAAAAAAAUAAUAAAAAAAUGCCGUCAUAAUAUAGGCUGUAAGAGCAAACGAAAAAAAAAAUAGAUAAUACAAGCUUACAGGUAUUAACCACUUUCGAUUUAAGCUGUGAUCAUUUGUCAAAUAGUGAAAAUGUUAAAGCAAUAAAAAGGUUAUACUACAAUUUAAUUCAAUACAAUUUAAUUAAAAACGGAAGAGUAUUUCGAUACCUUAUUAAAAUGGUAUACCCUUUUUCUAUUUUAUAUGUGUUGGUUGGUUGAAAAACGCAGUCGCCUGGGGGAGUGCUUGGCUUGGGGAGAUGGCCGCACUUAAACCAUCAUUUAGCCCAUUAUGCUCCCAAGUUGUAACAAAUUUAGUCCUGUUCAGCGACUCUGAGGAUUCGAUGAAAUGCUCUGGGAUGAUAACUACAAUGUUGUUUAGUUCCCUCCUACUUAAAAGUAAAAGCUCUUUAGUCUGAUCGCUAUCAAUACUACUCCAAAGUACGUUUGUGUUAGGCCCUGUGUUGCUAGUAUUCCAAGAUCUGAGUUAAUCCCCUAGAAUAUAUUUAAAUUUUAUAUAUUCUUGGCUAUUUCUAUUUAUUUUAUUUUUUAGUACUUUGUUUGGUUCACCACUCUCAAAAAUUCAACGAAUUGAAGUCAGUUAUAGUAUAAGUAUUAUUACCUAUAUUAUUGUCAAUAAAUUGUGUGUCUACAUUAAGUGGAAUGAUUUAAAAUUAAAAAAAAUUUUGUGUGAACGAAUAACCUAAAAAUUAAUUUAAAAAUUUGGUAAAACAUUAAUUCUGUACCACUGUGCGUCACGUUCAACGCGCUCACCGAUAGCAAGUAAAAAUAUAUGCUAGUGCGUUCAGUGUUGCAGUGGCAGUGAAAAGCGUCACACGGAUAUGGUUUUCGGUGUGUACCGAACGACUGUGGGAGACAUGCGUGUGCGUGGGAUUCUACCGUAAAAGUGUUAAUAAAUCUGCGACUGAUUAAAAACAUGCACUGUGCAGUAUAUCAAAUUUUAAAAUUGUUUUCAAAAUUCCAGUGAUUUGGGAAUAGAUGUGUGUGAUAUUUGGUUGUAAAUGUUUUUUGAUGCGUCUCCAAGUAAUACGAGUAUUAUCGCUAGCAUUCUAUGCAUUUAAGUGUCAUAUUAUGUAAACAAUGUGUGAUUAUAAAAUACAAAAAUAAAUUAUUUCAACGAAAAGCUUGUUAAACAUUUAAGUUACACUACGGUUGCUGCUAAGUGUUUGCGCGUCGGUGUAUUAGUGUGGGGCAACGUUGAACGAAGAUGAGCGAAUGCAAAAUGCACACACUCCAAAGUGAUAAGAAUGCGCGAGCGCAACAACAACUACGAAAUUCAUCUUUGACUCAACGUUGUUGUAACAGUCAAAAUAUUUGUUCGAAGCGAUUGACCGCUGAGCAUUUCAAUUCUUCUUAUAGAAGAGUUACGCAAAAUAGCACAACAACUGAUCUGCCAGCAUUUAAACAAUUCCAAAAUUUACUACAACGAUCCUAUUCGGUAUUACACCUAAAGAACAAAACAAAUUUUAGCCGUAUUUCCAAUCUACUCUGCUUACGUUCUAGUCAACUGCGACCGCAGCGCGUCGCGCUUCCGUCUGGGGCGGGUUAUCAACAAAGUUCAACGGCAGUUAGUAAAACGAAUUCUACAACAACAACAAAGCAAAGUGUUAUCGAGCAUUGUAGUAUUUCCAGCAGCUCGACGCAACAACUAUAUAUAAACGACAAAAGUGGUCGUCAACUAACGCGUUCCCCAUCAUUGGUCCUACUUAUCCUACUGCUAUUGUGGUUUUCGCAUUUAAUUGGUAGCUCCUGUGCGGCGCCACAAUCUUGUGUACUCUGUGAUAUAAGUGAUUUUAAAGAGAAAGCGCCUAAUAUGCAAGCACCAUAUGAGGAAUAUCAUUUCGAACAUCAGGUGACGCGUUUGGAGGCAAUAACGGCGUUGAAAACAUUUAAUGUCAGCAAUUAUGGUGAACCCUCCGGUUGCGCUAUCAGCUGCUUGGAUAAGGUCAUGAAAUAUUGUUUAGGGCAACAAUUUAUUAACGAUCACUGUUGGUGUGAAUUGGGCCACACAGAGGAGGGUCUGCCAUUCGUGCCACACAUUUGUUAUGUGGGUGAGAAGCUUUAUAAGGCUACCGUUGGUUCUUGCUAUUUCUACGAGCAGGUGAAAGAGUGCUGUUGUGCGCCAAUUUUGGCAAAACAAUGGCGUUACAUUUCGGUAGCUUCCCGACAAAUGAACACUGGUUCCUUACUGCUGCUGGCCGUUCUAUUGACACUUUUAAACGUCGAAAGCAGGCACGCUAUUAAUGUUUAGGAUGUAAAACGAGGAAAUGCGACAAAGUGAAUGUGCUAACAAAACUAUUAUACUCAGUGCAACAUGUGACAGUAGUAUAAAAUCAUGAAAUUAACUACUUAAAUAACUUUCGUAAUGAUAUAUGCAUAGUAAGUGUAACUGAAGAGGUCAUCAAUGUGUUGCUGGUUACGCUUAUUAUUUCUGAGAACUCAAAAAAAAUGUUUCAAAAGCGUGAAAACUCAAUAGUCUGUAGAGCUAUAAUGGAUGAAAAGUGGAAAAUAUAUGUUGUCAACAAUGAACCAGGCAUUUUGGAAACCUGUCACAGGAAUAAGAGAAGGUUAGAUUCAGGGCCGUAGAGAGAAAACCAGAGCAUGCUGACAUUUGUAGUGAAUUGUUAGAGAAAAAAUCUGCACAAAAUUGUUGCACAGCACCGGGCCUCGCUGAGAACUCUGGGCCCGAGAGAAACUGUCGCCGAACUUUUCCGUCUCUCCUUCUCCUUCACUGGUUAUGGCGUUUGUUGUGGGGGUGUUCCAUAAGUUCAUACACCUAAUUCUGUUUUCACAUGUUAGAUUGGUUCCAGAAAAAAAUUGUUAAAAUAGACAAUAAUCGUUCCCAUAAAUUUGUGCUAUUUACAAUUGCUCGGACCAGUAAACUUGUGUGUAUCCACAUCCUCUAAAUCCUACUUUGUGAAAUGGAAUAAAUAUAUAGCUAUAAAAAAAUUAUUUUCAAACUGUGUAAAAACAGUUUAGGUGUAUACUUGUACAUAUAUCAUACAAAAAGGUUUUGAAUAUUGUAACAAAUCAACUUCCAAAUAUACCUAACCAGACUUGGAGCCAUCAUACCAAAGAAAAGUAAAGUUACUAAAGUGAACACACUUUAGACUAAGCACUUCUUCUCAUGCUAAACUGAAUAUAUUCAACUAUUUUGGAAUUUCCAAACUUUUUUUCUUUACCUUUAUCGCAUCCGAAGAUUUUGACGACGAAAACUCACAACAACAAUACCCAAACGAAUGUGUUAAAUUAGUUUUAAGCGAAUUUUAAAUAAAAUGUUUUUUUAAAUAAAAAACUAUCAAUUAAAUAACAAAAUGUGAAUAGUAUAGACGAUAAUAUGCAUUCAAUAAUAAAAAUGUGUACAUUUGUAUCUAUUUUAACAUAUUAAUAAACUCAUCCUUUAUUAUAUUAUAACAACAAAUCUUAAAAAUAUUUAAAAUUAUUUUUGCUGUCAUAUAUGAAGCUGUUGUCAUAAUAUUUUUAAUAAAUUUAUUAAAUGUAAAACUGUACUGUAUAAAUAUAAUUUAAAUUUAAAAAACAUAAAUAAAGUAACAAGUCGUAGUAGUAUAUGUAGUGUUGAAGUUAUGAAGAAAAAAAUAUUUUUGUAUAUAUAUAUAUGCAUAUGUAUGUAUGUUUGUGCGGAGCAAAGUACGAUAAAUGUGUAUGAACAAAUAAAAAGAACGAUAAAGUGAA